GCUACGGCACAGGUAAGGGACCAGAGCUAUAAUUAGGUACCUUGCGUGUUUAUAAUUAAUUAUAGCACCUAGGUACUUAUAGGGAACAAAGAGAAAUAUACGAAAGGCUAACUACCCCUUUAUUCCGUAACUUGACUGCUAGCCGCUCCACCCGGAAUCAGCGAAAUUGGCCUCCCAACAUACGUCGAAGGCUAGCUACCUACCUAACUUCAUUCUGUUGUCGUCAUUACGUCUGUAUGUAUAUGUUCAUAUCAACGAAAAUUGUCGACGUAUCACCAUGAGUACCCUUGGCCCUAGCAAGCCGUCGAGCUACCCCCCCUCCAAGACAGCCUUGCUCUUUCUCGACUACCAGAAUGUACUUGUCAAUAUGACCCAAGACUCAGAAACCAAACAAAAAGCUUAUCAAGUCAGCCAAGAUACUCCUAGCGAAGGCACGCGAAUCCAACGUCGUCAUUGUGCAUUGUCUCGUAAACACGACCAUAGACACACCCGCCACAAAUGAGGUAGCAGGGCAGUGGGCCGCAGUGCAUAAGCCCAUGUUAUCAGCCAAUCCCGAACUGGCAGCCGAAUUCAGCAAACUCACCAUCAUCGACCCACCGACUGACGGUGGCCAUGAGAGCACUUCCCUGGGAGCCCCUAGAUACAGGUCUGCUCUGGUCGCUCAGGGGAUACUGCCGUUUCUGCGCGAGAAGUUGGGUGUCGAACAUCUAAUAAGUCGAAACACCCUUACUGGGGCCACCCUAGUGGGGGCCACCCAUUUCCCAUACAAAAUCAACGAUUUCGCA